ACUGCCGUCGCAAGUAUUCAGCUAUCAUUACAUUAAUUACAUUACGCCAAUUGUAAGGCAAACUCUCCCGCACUUCUUCCGGAACUUAGGUAGUCGGAUUCAACUAUUCGUGUGGGGGACAACCCGCCUCGUUAAUUGACCUAGAUACCUACCACUACAAUGCCGGUAUUCCAAGCCAAGACGUUUCGACGUGCGACAACAGCAUCAUCGACCCUCGGAGAACGGAUUGGUGCAGCUUACCGGGCUCAUCUGCCUAAGCGGCCGUUCCUACUUUUCGGCUUUCCUUUCAUUAUGAUCAUAGUCGCCGGGUCUUUUGCUUUAACCCCAGCUGCCGCUCUGAGGUACGAGCGGUACGACCGCAGAGUCAAACAAUUAAGUCAAGAGGAAGCGAUUGAUCUGGGCCUGAAAGGACCUGAUGGCGAGGAGGGCAUCAAACGAAACCCCCGAAGAAGGGUUAUUGGAGACGAAAGGGAAGAGUACUAUCGGCUCAUGGCCAAAGAUCUAGAUAAAUGGGAACAGAAAAGAGUACAACGUUUUAAAGGCGAACCUGAUGGAAAGCUCUGAGAUGCAUCGCUUGUGGAUCUAUUACCCUUCUACUUGUCGGCAAUCUCACAAUUUGAGCCUUUCUUUAUAACCCCUCCGGCUGUAGCUGCCUAUUUGAAAUGUGAGAAUGGCUACUGUCUUUUGGGUACGAAUGCAUUUGCGAUCACUUCGACGUUGAUCAUCACUAAUUGUUAAGGAUGGUUCCCGUAGGGUCAAUAUGCACUUUCCGAAGAGCGGGUCCAUCCUUUUCUGUAUUAAUGCUUACUUUGAUAGCAUCUGAAUAUUUAGCCAGUUAGAAGUGGCGGUUGGCACAAGCUUAUAAGUUUGAGUAUAAGAGUCUUAGCUGUACAUAUGUUGACUUGAAGUAUCUGG